UCUGCUCGAGUGUGUAUUUUGGAUAUUUUGCCGAAGCCUGAGGUUCUGCAAAAUGCCUCCGGUGUAAAGUGGCCAACAAUUAUGGGGAGCCGGGAGCCCGCCUCAACCGGGUGGACAGACCGACUGCUAUUGAGAGUUCGUCAGGGCGGUUAAUGUGGGGACAAAGCACACUGUGGACCGACAAUCUUUACAUCCAAGAUAGCCAGCAGCAGACAGCAAGAGGCUCGUCGUCAGCUCAGCUGCAGAGGAGGCGGCACUGUUUGUAGGAUUAAAGCGAGAGCUUGGUGUGUACGGUUUAGGGGAGGUGGUCUUCCGAGUGUGAGGGAAAUUUGAGUCAGAUAGGUUAGCUAUUGCUGUGAUUUUUAAUAACUAUAAUAUAUAUGCCUACCAAGGAACCCUAUCUAUGGAGAUAUUGUCGACACAGAGAGGAUCCGGUCAGCCCGACCCAGUGACAGAGUGGGUUCAACCGGAAUAAAUCAAUUGGGUAGGCUAAUAUAUUCUUUUUUUGUCCGUCGGGCGGCGAUGUCAUCUUCCUGCCUCGACCUGCACACAUCUAAGGCUGCGAUUUCAGCACCACCCGAGCUGGACAGCGACUGCAUGGAGCACCCGGUGAAUCAGGGCAACAAAACCCCACAAGAAAAGGGAGGAUUUCAGGGCCACUCGCUGCUACACACCGGCUCUGGAGGCCUCGGGAUGGCGUUGGAAGAGGAAUUAGCCAUGCUUACUGGGGAGCAGGACGACGAGCAGGAGGAAGAGUUGUCCGAAUUGGAGACGCCUGUAAUUGGACAGAAUACAGACUUGUUGUCGCUCUUCCGUCAAAAAGAAAAGGACUUGGUUUUAGCUGCUAAACUAGGCAAGGCUCUGCUAGAGCGUAACCAAGACCUGACUAAGCAAUAUGAGAAAAUUAACAAAGAUCUUAACGAUAAACUAGAGCAUCAUGAGCAGGAGAAGCACGAGCUGCGGCGGCGGUUGGAGAAUAGGGAGGGGGAGUGGGGGGACCGCGUGGCGGAGCUGGAGAUAGAUGUCCAGCAGCUGCAAGGAGAGCUGGAGCGCCAUCAGGUCCAGCUGAGAGAGGCAGACCGCGACAAGUCCACGGCUAUGAGGGAGCUGUCAGAAGAGAACCACCGCCUGCUGGAGCAACUUAACCGGGCUACAGAUGUGGAGAGGCAGCUGUCCGCUCAGGUCCACUCAUUACGGGACGACUUCAGAGAGAAGAGCAUCUCUACCAACCAGCAUAUGACACGACUAGAGAGCCUACAGGCUGAGAUUAAGAUGCUGUCGGAGCGUAAGAGAGAGCUGGAGCGUCGGGUUAAUGCUGUGCUAGAGGAAAACGAGCUACUUCAGAACACUGUUGACGACCUGAGGGAAAGAACGCUAGUGCUGGAGAAACAUCACCACGAGAAGGACUUACAGUUACGACAGAGCCAGCUGGAGCUCCAGGAGGUCCGGGUGUCCCACAGACAUCUGAGUGCCCGUUUUGAGGAGCUCACAGAGGAGAGAAGUCUACAAGGCCUCAGCCCACACCCUGCCAGCCUACUCUGUGAGAUAGAACAGAGCAUGGAGCAAGAGGAGCAGGAACAGGAGAGGGAGCAGCUUCGUCUCCAGCUGUGGGAGGCCUACUGCCAGGUGCGCUCGCUUGUCUCCCACCUGCGGGGCAACGACAUCACAGACUCAGCCCUGUCCACAGACUCCUCCAUGGACGAGUCCUCAGAGGCAUACUCAGCGAAGGACGUUCCCAUGGGGAGCCUGCAUGCCAGUCUACUGGAGCUACGCAGACUCACACAGAACCUGCUAGACGGAAACGAGUCCACGGGUUCUCGCCGUAGUGACGAGGAGGCUCUGGAAGACCAGGUUCGAAAGCUUGGGGAAGAGCUGAGAGGAGUGAGAGAGCUGUACCAAGCAGACCAGGAUAGAACACGGAACAGCCAAGAAGAGGUUCUACAACUCCAUAAUCAGAUGGCGAUGCUCUCUGUGGAGAUGUGCUCUGUACAGGAGGAGAGUGAGCGUAUAAGGGCCAUGUCUGAAGCACGAGACCCCAGUGAACAGCUCCAAAGUGCUAUAAGAGACCGAGAUGACGCUAUUUCCAAGAAGAAAGCGGUGGAGAUGGAGCUGGCCAAGUGUAAGAUAGAUAUCAUGUCUCUGAACAGCCAGCUCCUGGAUGCCAUCCAGCAGAAGCUGAACCUAUCACAGCAGCUGGAGGCCUGGCAGGAUGACAUGCACAGUAUGAUUGAUCAACAGCUUAUGGAAAAGCACCAGGAGGAGUGGAGGGUGACCCCCUACACCCUCGCUGGGCCCUCUGGGGGUCGCGGGGGCCCCUCCGGCCAGUCCUCCAGACGAGCCAGUCGUCUCUCCGAUGGAGACAAGAGGCUCUUUUCCUUCUUCAAAAAGAACUGAGUGCCUCUGGACUGGCCCAAGUGAACACGAGAGAAAAGAACAAGAAAAAGAGAUGGAGAAAGAGUAAAGGUAAAGCCAAAGACAAAGGGUAGGCUAAAGAGGGGGGCUAAAGAGGUUCAGAGGUCAUUUGCACUUUAUCUGUCCCAUCACGCCCUUCCUUACAGACCCUUGAAUGAGUAGCACUGUAUGACACCCCCAGAGGCCUUGGCUACAAUCCCAUAAACACCCAUUGGGCUUACAUGAACAGGGUUACAUAUAUUACCUCCAAAGAGGUCAGUUCCCCAGUAGUGCCUCCCAGCAUCUUUACCCCACUGCCAAAACUCCAGACUGGGACUGUAUGCAUACAGUACGGCUGACUCCUGUGUGCUGUCACAGGCCAAGGAGUCUGGGGAGAGGGUGUUCAAUAUGGGACUCACCAAGGCCUUGGAGUGGAGGGAUUGGGACGGUGUGGCAGGGAUCUGGGUAAGGGCGAGAAGGAGAAGGACCAGCCUCUGGGUGGGAAGCAGCAUUGUUACAGCUAACUCAGACAUGUUCUCAGGUUUAUUCAUGUGUUCAGGGAUUUACAAAGAGGCCUUAUUCCCAAUCAAUACAGUCCAAUAGAUGGAUUUCAUUCAAUUGGUAUGAACUUCACAAUUAUGAUCAUGCCAAUGCAUUGGUUAAUAGUUAAAGGUAGCUCUAACACAACACACCAAAAUCACAGAACUUCUGCAUUCACAAAAAUAAGACAGAAGUGUAAAUGUCCAGAUCAAGCCACAGUAAAUCAUAUCACUUGUCUUUCUGUAUAUCGAUCAUAAGUUUACCUCAGAUCAUACUCAAUACUGACUGAGCAACCACGGCAUGACAAAGUGGCACUUACAUUUACCAAGCACUGAAUGUAUCGAAACCAGUCAAAGUGAGUAUGGGUCUAUCUCAGGCCUCUUGUCAGUCUCUGGCAUCUAAAUAAACCUCUAGGCAGCUGUCGUUAGUUGCAGCCUCUAUCCAGGUGGACUUCUACAGUGAGAAUGUCACGUUUAGCAUACAUUUGACAUACAGAAAGUGAUAAGAAAACUAUUUUCAAACAUUGUCUGUACAAUGGCCAUGUAUCUUCCUCCUAGCUGACCAAAUCCUCACAACUGUUUACAUUAGUCUAGGUUGAGAAAGGGGAAGUCAAAACGGUCUCUCAAUACGUCUGCAGUGCCUAACUUUGGCAAGUCAAAGGCAUCCAUAUUGUGUUAUAGUUAACUGUCAAAUGACCAUUCAUUGGAACACAAAGUAACCUACUCAGUCAGCUACCACCAAUCGAGUUCCACAGGAAAACCUAUUGACAUGGCCUACAGAGUGCUUUAGUUAUAGUAUCACAGUAAUAUAGACAGUCUACUGCCAUUCCCAUUGCUUCAAAGCUUAUGAUAGUGGACACUUUAUUUCCUAGCUUUUGGGCUUCCAUUCAGGCCAGUCAGACUCCAUAUUUGUAGAGUGUGUGCAGAUAAAUGUGAUGCAUCUGAAGCCUCAUGGCGCGAGACUGGCACGGUCCUCUGACCUCUGACCUCUGUGUGUGUAUUGGACGUCAUAUCUCAAGCACCUGAGCAAACCUAUGCAGAUGUCUUCUCGCCAUCUCAAUUGGUUAGGUUGUUGAUUAGGGUAAACCCAAAGAAUGGUUAUUUUUAAAGAGUUGAGAGUAGGUUGGGAUGAAAUCAAUAGAUUUAUAAAGGCAUACAAUGAAAUUGUACUCUUUCUUUUUAGAUUGAUACUUUGUCCCUGUAGUUUUGUUUUGUGUUUUGAGUGUUUACACACAAAUUGGGAUCUCUGUGGAAAGGGAGAGGAGGGGUGAAGAUUGGAGAUUCUAAGUUCUUCAUGUGACUGUUCAGUUCUGUCCAAGCAAUAAGUCAUUCUAACUUUCACCCAAAUCACAGAAUGUUGUCGAAGGUAGAGUUAUGCUCUUGUAUAACGAGUUAGGAUUCUGUGAGUCAGUCGACCAAUGUUUGAAUCAAGUGUUCACCGGCAAGCCUACAAAAACAACGGCAUUACCAGUUUGCUUCUAACAGGGGUUCUGGGUAGUACUAACAUUUUCUACAAAGUAGGAUUUGUUUCAAUAGCCUUGACUCCAGCCCACAGUUACACUCUUAGAUAAAAGGGUUCCAAAAGGGUUCUUCAGCUGUCCCCAUAGGAGAACCCUUUUGGUUCCAGGUAAGACCCUUUUGGGUUCCAUGUUGAACCAUUUUCAGAGGGUUUAACAUGGAACCCAACAGGGUUCUAUAAAGGGUUCACCUACGGGGACAGCCAAUAACCCUUUACGAUUCUUGGUAUAACCUUUUUUUCCUAAGAGUGUAAAGGAACGAGUUCUGCCAAUUUGUCUGUAGUCUAAGCAGCUGUGUUGUUGUAUUGAUCUGAGGGAAUGGUUAAGGGGGUCUAACACCAGUAGCUGGUCAGCUCGGAAAGGCACUAACUGGCGACAUUAUUAUAUUGGGCAGGAAGCCAACCACACACAGCUAGACUGCAGCCUCAGAACGGAGUGAUGAGAAGUAUAUUCUGCAGGCCAAGCUAGAGGUUGGUUGAACAUGGAACGAGCAUUUACCUAUAUUACUAACGGGAUCAAACAACACUUACCAUGACCAGAAUGUUAGUUCUCAUAUCCUUGUCUUCUUCUUGAACUCAGCCUCAUGGCCUGUUGGCACCAGGUGUUCCUGGACAUGGCCUCUGGUCUACAAGUUUGGCCAUUCUGUUCAUUCAGGGGGUUGGGGUGGUCGGUUCAAGAGCUCUGGCCUGUAAUUUACAUCCAUGCAUUCGUUUAUUCAGUUUAAUGUUGUGCACUCUUCAUGUAUAUGUUAUGUCCAAAAUUACUGUCAAUUGUAUUGUUUCCAUUUUCCAUUUGCAAACUCUUUUUAAAGCCUGUCUCCUGUCCUCAAUGUUAUUACACGUUACCCAUCCUGGAUGCUGAAGGAAGAGAUGUUCUCAUGCGUUGUGUGUGUGUGUGUGUGUGUGUGUGUGUGUGUGUGUGUGUGUGUGUGUGUGUGUGUGUGUGUGUGUGUGUGUGUGUGUGUGUGUGUGUGUGUGUGUGUGUGUGUGUGUGUGUGUGUGUGUGUGUGUGUGUGUGUGUGCGUGCGUAUGCGCGCGUGUGUGUGUGUUUAUGCAUGUUUAGGAAAAAGCAGACAUUCCAUGGUGUGUCAUCUGCUUGUCCUUAUGGGCCCUGUUCUUUGGAAUUUGACUUGGUCUCAGUGUGUGUGUGUGUCUCUUUACAAUCACCAAUGGCAAACAUUGUUUUGGGUUGCCUGGAACCUUCGAAAUAGGUAAUUGGCCAUGAAUUUGGGCAAUCUGUGGAAGGUCUUGGAAAACAUUAUUUUUGCAUCAGCACCCCCAUUUCCCCCCUGACUCACCACUAUAGACAUACAUAGGGUAACAAACAUAGCUUCAUGUCAACCUCAUUCGUGGACAAUCAUCAAUAAUUACAUUUGUGCAAUUUAUCCUUCAUAAAUGAAUGUGUUACUGAACUUAACUAGGUCUCUCUCUCCUGACACUUUCAAUAUGUUCCUGUAAUGGUAAGGGACCAUCUUCCCUGCCCCAGUCAAUUGAAUAUGGAUAAUGCACACUGUCAUGACACUGAAAGGGAAUAUCCCAGAACACAAGUGGACUUAGUAUCAAUAACAUUCAGUUUGAAAUGUUAAGUGAGAAUGAACAAAAGAUAAAUAACAUGAAGCUAUAUGACUUGACACAGGUUACAUAUGUGUAAGUGUGACUGUACACUACAGUUCAAAGGUUUGGGGCCACUUAGAAAUGUCCUUGUUUUUGAAAGAAAAGCAAAUUUUUGUGUAUAUUAAAAUAACAUCAAAUUAAUCAGAAAUACAGUGUAGACAUUGUUAAUGUUGUAAAUGACUAUUGUAGCUGGAAACAGCAGAUUUUUUAAAUGGAAAAUCUACAUAGGCGUACAGAGGCCCAUCAUCAGCAACCAUCACUUCUGUGUUCCAACGGCAUGUUGUGUUAGCUAAUCCAAGUUUAUAAUUUUAAAAGGCUAAUUGAUCAUUAGAAAACCCUUUUGCAAUUAUGUUAGCACAGCUGAAAACUGUUGUCCUGAUCCGCAAAACACCAGUCUCAACGUCAACAGUGAAGAGGCGCCUCUGGGAUGCUGGCCUUCUAGGCAGAGUUGCAAAGAAAAAGCCAUAUCUCAGACUGGCCAAUAAAAAUAAAAGAUUAAGAUGGGCAAAAGAACAAAGACACUGGACAGAGGAACUCUGCCUAGAAGGCCAGCAUCCCGGAGUCACCUCUUCACUGUUGACGUUGAGACUGGUGUUUUGCGAAUACUAUUUAAUGAAGCUGCCAGGUGAGGACUUGUGAGACAUCUGUUUCUCAAACUAGACACUCUAAUGUACUUGUCCUCUUGCUCAGUUGUGCACCGGCGGCUCCCACUCCUUUUUCUAUUCUGGUUUGAGCCAGUUUGCGCUGUUCUGUGAAGGGAGUAGUUAGUACACAGCGUUGUACGAGAUCUUCAGUUUCUUGGCAAUUUCUCGCAUAGAAUAGCCUUAAUUUCUCAGAACAAGAAUAGACUGACGAGUUUCAGAAGAAAGCUAUUUGUUUCUGGCAAUUAUGAGCCAGUAAUCGAACCCACAAAUGCUGACGCUCCAGAUGCUCAACUAGUCUAAAGAAGGCCAGUUUUAUUGCAUCUUUAAUCAGAACAACAGUUUUCAGCUGUGCUAACAUAAUUGCAGAAGUGUUUUCUAAUGAUCAAUUAGCCUUUUAAAAUGAUAAACUUGGAUUAGCUAACACAACGUGCCAUUGGAACACAGGAGUGAUGUUUUCUGAUAAUGGGCCUGUGUACGCCUAUGUAGAUAUUCCAUUAAAAUCAGACGUUUUCAGCUACAAUAUUAAUUUACAACAUUAACCAUGUCAAUACUGUAUUUCUGAUCAAUUUGAUGUUAUUCUAAUGGACAAAAACAAGGAAAUGUCCAAGUGACCCCAAACUUUUGAACAGUUAGUGUAUACAGUGGGGCAAAAAAGUAUUUAGUCAGCCACCAAUUGUGCAAGUUCUCCCACUUAAAAAGAUGAGGCCUGUAAUUUUCAUCAUAGGUACACUUCAACUAUGACAGACAAAAUGAGAAAAGAAAUUCCAGAAAAUCACAUCGUAGGAUUUUUAAUGAAUUUAUUUGCAAAUUAUGGUGGAAAAUAAGUAUUUGGUCACCUACAAACAAGCAAGAUUUCUGGCUCUCACAGACCUGUAACUUCUUCUUUAAGAGGCUCCUCUGUCCUCUACUCGUUACCUGUAUUAAUGGCACCUGUUUGAACUUUUUAUCAGUAUAAAAGACACCUGUCCACAACCUCAAACAGUCACACUCCAAACUCCACUAUGGCCAAGACCAAAGAGCUGUCAAAGGACACCAGAAACAAAAUUGUAGACCUGCACCAGGCUGGGAAGACUGAAUCUGCAAUAGGUAAGCAGCUUGGUUUGAAGAAAUCAACUGUGGGAGCAAUUAUUAGGAAAUGGAAGACAUACUAGACCACUGAUAAUCUCCCUCGAUCUGGGGCUCCAUGCAUGAUCUCACCCCGUGGGGUCAAAAUGAUCACAAGAACGCUGAGCAAAAAUACCAGAACCACACGGGGGGACCUAGUGAAUGACCUGCAGAGAGCGGGGACCAAAGUAACAAAGCCUACCAUCAGCAAGGGCAUUAAAGAUGAAACGUGACCAUGAUCCCAAAACCACCGCCCGGGCAACGAAGGAGUGGCUUCGUAAGAAGCAUUUCAAGGUCCUGGAGAGGCCUAGCCAGUCUCCAGAUCUCAACCCCAUAGAAAAUCUUUGGAGGGAGUUGAAAGUCCGUGUUGCCCAGCAACAGCCCCAAAAUAUCACUGCUCUAGAGGUGAUCAGCAUGGAGGAAUGGGCCAAAAUACCAACAAUUGUGUGAAAACCUUGUGAAGACUUAAAGAAAAUGUUUGACCUCUGUCAUUGCCAACAAAGGGUAUAUAACAAAGUAUUGAGAUAAACUUUUGUUAUUGACCAAAUACUUAUUUUCCACCAUAAUUUGCAAAUAAAUUCAUUAAAAAUCCUACAAUGUGAUUUUCUGGAAUUUCUUUUCUCAUUUUGUCUGUCAUAGUUGAAGUGUACCUAUGAUGAAAAUUACAGGCCUCUCAUCUUUUUAAGUGGGAGAACUUGCACAAUUGGUGGCUGACUAAAUACUUUUUUGCCCUAUUGUAUGUAUUUCCACAUUAUGAAUAUGCAUACUCAUUCAAAUAUUGUACAUGACAACCUAAUUUUUCCUGUAUUGAUGACACUUUCAUAACGAGGUACAUAAUAUUUAUGAUGGAAGAAAUGUGUAAGAGUUUGGUUUUAUAUUCAUAGCAAAUUACUAUUUUUUAGUAAUGGGGAAAAAAUAUCCAAAUAUUGUAAAUGAGAAGUGAUUUUUCUAGCAAUUUUUUCCAAGGGAAAGUGUACCCAAUGAAUGUGAUUCUAUAUGUGGAUGCCACUGUGAAAAAAUAAAAUGGGGACAGAAAUAAAGAAA